GAGGGCAGCGGCUAUGCUCCCGGUCAGUAGAAUUACGGGUGGGAUUUGGUUUUUACUUGUACAGUAAAUAAGCUGCAAACGGUUCCGAAAUGUGCAGCGGCUCCAGAGCGAGGACAGCGCUCGAUCCUCCACCCGCCACCACCGCCUUCUUCUCCGCCUCCGACUCCUCCCCCGCCGAACGCGCAGCGGCUGCAGCGGCGACGGCGGCGGCGGCGGCGGCGGCGGUGGCGGCGGCGGAAGCAGAGGCGGCGGCGGCGGCGGCGGCGGCGGCGCGUCCCGCCCCUUGCGCCGCGAAGGAGGCGGAGGAAGUGGAGUGCCUUGGUCCCGCCCCUCCCUCGGAGGCGUACCCAAUAGACUUCAAGGCCCUCUGCGGGGGAAAAUGCGCCCGCCCAAUCGGAGCCCGAGGAGUGGGCUGA